UUGCCACACGAGAUGCCAAUUGGAGGCCUUACUUGCCUGCAGCAGCCGCCCACUGCAGGCGUUAUGAAGAUCUCUAAUAUCCCCUAUUCCAUCACCAAGCAGGAAAUACUGCAAUUUGCUGGACGCCAGUCUCGCUUGAUCCCCGGUCAGCCCAUUCAUAUCAUAAUGGAGAGAUCGACUGCGAAGACAAUGGAUUGUUAUGUGGAAUUUGAGACACCAGAGGAUGCCAAAGAAACCGUCCAGAGAAUUGACCGUAUUCAAGAGACCGGCCGCCCUCCUCGUUUGGGGAACAGACACGUUGAUGUUGAACUCAGUUCCCAGGAUGCUUUACUGCGCGAUCUCUUCCCUCGUGCUAAAUGUGUCCAGUGGAAGGAUGGUAUGCCCACUCUGCGUCGUAAUACUGAUCAAUGGUCGACGGGCUUUGCUGGUUUCUUUACCAGUGAAGAGAUUAUCGGCGCCAUCCGCCAUGCGGAGAUGCCUCACAGAUCUCCUUUCAGUACAAAGUGCCCUCAGCGUGCCUACGAGUCGACUAUUAGUACCCUUUACAAGUUCCCUUGGUAUGCCGUUGAUCUAUACACGGUGCAUGAUCGUAACUUGUUGUUCGUCUUGGUCCGUCGUCAGAUCAUAGCUCUUUUUGCUCGUAUGAAGAAAACAAAUACAGUUGGUCUGGAUCAGCGCCUUCUGAAUGAUCUUCUUCGCGCGGGACUCGAAUGUCCAGGCUUCAAUGAGCGCCAGCGGUUUUGCUUGUGUUUCCACGCGGAGAGUCCACUUGAACUGCACAAGAUCUCGUAUCUCAGUAAAUGGUUUCCAUUUGACACCUUGGCUAAUAUGCCUAAUCUCGACGAGCACACUUACAAGGGCUCUGUUCCUGCCUCCUCUCACCCGGAACUGCCGAAUAGUUUCCCAUCGGAUAAUGUCAGCCUCAUUUCGCCGUUCGGCCCAAUCUGGUUUGAAUGGCCCGAAGAAGUUGCUAAGCGCAUGUUUUGGCAGGAUGCGGUCAACUAUGAGACCAACAUCUUGUUCAAUCUUCUAUCGAGCGGCUCUAGAAAGUCUCGUGGGAGAACCAUGUCUUCCGGGAGCCACAGCAGUCUGAGCAGCCAGGCUGUCAGUUCCCCUCCCACAGACGGAUUUUCCCAGUUCGAUGCGUUCGCGCCCCCUCUGCGCCGGGGAGGUGAUACUUGGCAUAUGCGCGCUUACUCUUACAGUGGUAUUGAGGAAGACCCGUGGAACUCCAAGGUGCUUCUUCCAUCAGGCGCCAGGGCCCGUGGUGGCUUUCCUGGACAUCGCUUCACCAGAUCUUCUCCAGUCAACGUUCCG